AAAAAGUGUAAAGCAGCGAACAAGCAAACGGUGACUCUCCCAGACGGCAGGGGGCAGUAGAGAGAGUAAAACAGGUUACACGUUAUUAUUCACUUCCUGUUCGAAGGUUAAAACGUGAAGCAUCUUGAAAAGGAAAAUGGCAGCGGGAGCGGUUACCGAGGACUACCCGCAGGAGAUAGACGAACAGCUGACCACGUUCGACUCCUCGGUGAAUGCGGUGAAAACCAUGCUGGAGAAGCUGAUGUCCAUGUCCAGGAACGACGUGAUGCAGAAGCUGGAUCCUUUGGAGCAAGCCAAGCUGGACCUGAUGUCUGUCUAUACUCUUAAUUCAUUGUUCUGGAUGUAUCUGGUAACAAAGGGAAUAAACCCAAGAGAACAUGGAAUCAAGCAGGAACUGGAGCGCAUAAGGACUUACAUGAACAGAGUCAAAGAGAUCACCGACAAGAAGAAAGCGGCGCGGCUAGACAAGGGAGCCGCUUCGCGUUUCUUGAGGAACGCCCUGUUUGAUCCCGACGACAAAGAGUCAAAAAAAGCUGCGUCCAAGAAGCCAGCGGACGCUCCCUCUGAAGCGCCACAGAGAAAACGCCCCAAACAGAGCUGAGCCUGAGGAAGAGCCGCUCGGUCUGCUCUCAUCGCGUGAGUUUCCUGUAGACGGGGUGAAGGAUACGGAAGCAAAUGAUCAAACAGCUAAGAUGAAGUCAGAUGAAGGGGAGUUUGUUUGGAAUUCAACCCUUGGACAUUAUCUUCUAAUGUCCACUGGAUGUUUUAGAGAUGAACAAAAUGCUAAUUUAUCUGCUUGGCUUGUCGAGUUGUGCUGCUGUUGAGACUUUAGAUCUCUUUGCUUACUACGGACAGCAUCUCUUUAAUUUGAAGUGAAUUCUAUGAAUACACUUCAAAUAUAUGUAUAUUUUUUAAGUCUUUGUUCAUAUUUGGUUCUUUUUAUUCGUUUAUUCUUUUUCCUGUAUUGGUUUAAAGCUUUUUUUUUUUAAUGUUGAUGUGAUCUGAAGAGAUGUACUCUUUAAAAAAACAUUUGCCAUUGAGUUUUGGGUGCUUGUUAUGCUUUUUGCCCCACAUGUUUAUUCAUUUCUGAAGUCUCCAAAUAAUACAAGAAAAUAAUGUAAUUCUACCAGAUCAAGUGUUUUUAAAACAUUUUUUACUGAGGUUUUCAUAUUUUAUAUUUAGGGCAAGCAGUUUCAAGUCAGUCGCAACAUGAAUGCCUUAAUGAUUAUUUUACAACAUACAGUUGAGCCCCAAGCUAUUCAUAUCACAUUCAAAUAAGAAUUUAAUGCCUAUUGCUUUAAUGUCACCAACAUGUUCCUCUUAGCCUUUAUAACUUUGUAGUUGCACAACCUGAAUUUGACAGGGAACCUGUAGAGGGAGCUAAAGAUUAGAGUGAUGACAAAGAGGCCUUCUGGUCUCAAAGACUUGGAGCUCAGUGCAAAAGAUCAAAUUGUGGGGGGGAAAAAGAGAACAUGCUAAAAGCUGGUAAGUGAUUCCAGAAGUGGUUUGAUUCUUGCUUUUCUGUUAGCGAUGUUUGGAUAAUACCUGAGAAGUUAUUGCUUCAGUAAAUUAGUGAAAAAAACCCCCAACAAAACAUUAGUUUUUCAAAAUUAUACUCCAUUGUUUUCUAAUGACUAAUAGCAGAGAACUAUUGGAAAAUUGUUAAGGGUAUUGAUUAUGAUUAACGUACAUUUUCUUCUUUCUUUAUGGUAUACAAGGUCUCCGAAGCUCUGGGUGAGCUUUAAUAUCUCAGGUGCUAUAAAAUGUCUCAGAUGUUUCAAUUC